AUGGCUUCUUGUAGCUUUCCUGAUGUCUAUUCCUGGAUACAGACCCUUCCACCCCUUUCUCAAUGGAAAACUUCUUCCAUUUCUACAUCCAUAUGCACUUCAACCUCAAACAGCUCCUCGCUCAAAAUUGUUGCUGCCAAAAACCUUCAUUCCCCAACCAUUACUCUCUCAAUUAUUGCAGAUUUCAGCUUUCCAAUCUCCCUGUGGACCUCAAAACCCUUGAAGACCAGCACCAAUUCCUCAAAUUUAUUCGAUGAAGAAACCAUGUCCACUCUCUUGCUUAAUUGUGUUCAUGAUGUUCUUUACUAUGGCUCAAACCAAAGAAAGAAUUCUAGCCAUUACUCUCUCAAACUCGAUAUCACUUCCAGCUCAAAAGACAUCUUCAAUCUCGCAUUUCUUACUCUCAUAUUCCUAAUCUGCAUCUAUGAAGCUCCCACCGAUCUCCGUUCAAAUUGUCUUAUGACUCUCAAGCAUCAUUUGGCAAAUUCUACGUCGAGGCAGAUAUCCAAGGUGCUUAUGAAACUGUUGGGGUCGAAUCUAGAAGAGCAAUGGAUGAGGUCGAUGAACCUUGCAAUCACCAACUGGGUAUUGGAGCUCAAGGCCAACGGCCGUACUUUAAAAACACCCUCACCUUUGUACUCUUAUUCAUUUUCAACGCAUGGGCUGUGGAAAGUUCAACUCUAUUGCCCCAUCAUUGCAAUGGAUAACAUCGAGAACUCCAGCAAUCCUUCAACAGAUGAAAGAUUGCAAUUUUCUUUAAAUUAUCACCAGCUUGAAGGGGUUCUGCAGUUCAAUUACCAGCUUGUGGUUCGAGAUAAGUGGAUUGAUAUGAGGGUACACGUUGAUAACAUAAGGUGCGACAUCAUCAGGCUUGUGAACGAGACUCUCUUAUCAGAACGUGGAGUUGGUGGAUCAGAAAAACAUUUUCCAUCACGAAUUUCACUGCAACUCACUCCAACUUCCCACACAAACAUAAUGAGUGUCUCAGUAAGCAAAUCUUCAAAUAACCCUCAAAUUGAGGUUGGAACUGAAAGAACCUUUGAAGCUGGAUUUGAACCCUCAACGCCUUACCCAGGCCUCAAAUUAUCAGUUGGGGAGACUGCAAUGGUGAGCUUGAAGCCAUGGAAAUUUGAGCAGUUCGUCCAUGGCAAUGCUGCAACCCUUAACUGGUACCUUCACGACAGUUCGGAUGGGAAAGAGGUGGCCUCCACCAAGCCAUCAAAACUUGCACUCAUAAACCCUAAAGCUUGGUUUCGGGACCGUUACUCGAGUGCUCACAGACCUUUUAACAAACAGGGAGGGGUCAUAUUCGCAGGCGAUGAGUAUGGAGAGAAUGUGUGGUGGAAGAUUGAUGGAAAGGCAAGAGGGAAAACUAUGGAGUGGGAGAUUAAAGGCUGGAUCUGGUUAACAUAUUGGCCAAACAAACAUAAGACAUUUUACACCGAAACCAAGAGGCUGGAAUUCAAAGAGAUUGUCCAUCUUUCAAUUCCUUAGCUCAUAAGAAAUCAUUGGAAAUAGAUAGAGACUAAUCGUCCGAGGUCUCUUUUCCACUUAUUAUCUUUCUAAGCAACAAACAAGGCAGGUCUAGAUUUUUAUACAUGCAAAUAAAAUUAAACUACACAUGGGAAUUUCUUCGUCAGUAAAAGUUUAUGUAGCUUCAUUGAUAAUUGUAUCUAGUUAAGUACAUUUUUACUUUAAACUUUUUAAUUUAUCUUUAAUUUUUUUUAUAUCAGAAACAAUUUCGUUAUUGUUACUAUUAUUAUAAAAUACUGAACUUUCAAUGAGAAAAAUGAAAUAACAAGCGUAUACAAAAAAGAAGCCUACAAAAAGGGGUUCAAAUUAAGCAAGACAAGGUCUAUCAAAUAGUUACAAAAAAAAGAAUCUUCAACUUUGAAAUCCAAAAAAAAAAAAAAAAAAA